AUGUAUAAUGAACAAAAGAAGAAUAAUGAAGAGGUUAGAACGCGCUUUAGCAAGCGACUAGUGCAAAGCGGCGAGAAGGAUCGACUGAAGGAACUGUUGCGUCGAAAGUUAGUCGAGUGCGGGUGGCAUGAUGAAAUGCAGUUGCAUUGUAAAGAGAUGAUUCGGCAUAAAGGUAUCGACCAAGUGAGUGUAGAGGAUCUAAUCGAAGAGAUUACACCUGUAGGAAGAGCCUCGGUGCCUGAAGCCGUUAAGAAUUACCUACUGACAGAAAUUAAAGCGUUAAUUGUGAAGGAAGCUAGCGUCAAGACGGCUGAGAUCAACUCUUAA